UGUGAAGUGGAGGAGAUAGCAAGCACGUUUCGACACAUAACCUUGAAUAAAAAUAAAAUUGAGACUGACUAAGCAUGACUACGUCAACAAAAGUUCCUAUGAGCUUUAUCUUAACCAUUCAUAUACGUGCUGGGAACGUAGUACGUUGGUAGAGAAGUUACGUAUUAGAGAAACGAAUUCUUUCUGUAGAUUAAUAUGACACAAUAUCUCCGUGAUCUUUCAACUCUCCACAAAGAAGAAAUGGAUGCUUUCCUCGCAUCUUUCGAUACCGUUUUAACAGAUUGUGAUGGUGUACUUUGGCUUACUGAUACCCCACUGGAAGGUUCAGCACAUGUUAUUAACAGACUGAAGGAACUGGGGAAGAAAGUGUUUCUUGUUUCAAACAACUGUACUUUAACACUGGAUGGUUUUGUUAAGAAAGCCAGUACAUUUGGAAUAAAUGUAACAAAGGAUGAAAUUAUCUUUCCUACACUUGUGGCAGCAUCAUAUCUGAAAGAACAAAACUUUAAGAAGAAAGCGUAUGUUCUUGCAUCUUCAGCUAUGAAAGAAAUAUUGAAAUCUAAUGAAAUAAUGUUUAGUAAUGAUGUUGGACCUGACCAUGCAGUGCAAACCAUUCCAGACUUCAGGAAGGAGAUUCAUGAUUUGGAUGAAGAUGUGGGAGCUGUAGUCAUAGAUUUUGACAUGAACAUCAACUAUAUCAAGCUGAUGAAGGCAGUGUUACACCUUAGGGAUCCAGAUUGCUUCUUUAUUGUUGGAGGCUUAGAUGUGCAAAUACCUGUUAAGGAUAAUUUAAAUAUUAUAGGUCCUGGUUGUUUUAUCCAGACUGUUGAAGCACUGUCUGGCCGUAAAGCUGUGGUAGCAGGCAAACCUGGAUUGUUAAUGAAAGAGUUCAUCUCAAAGAGAUAUCCUAUUAAUCCUGAAAGGACAGUUAUGAUAGGAGAUACGAUCUCCAUGGAUAUGCAACUGGGUACAAACUGUGGAUUCCAGAAACUACUAGUGUUUUCUGGAGUAGCAACACUGGAAGAUGCGAAGAAAAACAUCGCAAACUUGCCACAUUAUUAUCUGAAAACACUAGGAGACCUGUUGCCUAUCCUGCCAUCUAUAUAAAAGUGGGAUACUGUCACCUUUCAGUCAACCAUAUCCUGACAUGCCGACUCUCACUUAGCUAAUCCACCAGAAAGAGGUGACAAAUAUACUUUUCUCGUGUUUAGAGUUAUGUACAGGUAGUAUUUGUAACAUGUUCAUUGCAUGCAAAUGCCACUUUAAACUUGUGGGCCAAAUAACCAUUGGUAAACAGACUGACACAUCAUGUUUUACUGUGUAGGUUUCUACAAUAAUAAUGAGCCUACUUGUAUUAUUUUGGAAUGUAUCCAGUUUGAAUAUUUGUGGUUUACUGGCUGUCCUCAGUCGUAUUUGUCAUGGUUUUCUUCAUUUCGUCAAAUCAUAUUCUGGGAUAAUACCUUCAAGUCGAUCAUGACUGCCUUCACCCUGGUUGAGGCUUUUCUGGUUUUGAUAUGUCUUUCCCACUGAAUAUCUGGAUUGAACCUUGAAACAGAGGGUAACUAUUUUCCGAAUCCUUAUGUACCCACCAAAUAAAAUAUGAGAAAUAUAAACCCUUGCAGCUGAUAGAGCAUUAUUAUAUAAGCCAAUAACAUAAACAACAUAGGUAUUUCUUGUAGGAUUUUAGUUUUUCGUGGAAAUGAUGACAAUGAUGAUGAUGAUCUCAGUUUUUACACUGUGUGGAUUGGUUGGUAGAUGCCAACAUUUUGGAGGAAUGUACUGUCUCCAUCUUCAGGGUUUAAGUGGUAAUGCUGGGAAUAGAAGGGAUUAUUCCCUUCCUGCCAUCCUAUAUAAUCUCUGUCAUUCCCAGUAUCAUCACUUCAACCUUGAAGAUGGGGACAGUAUGCUUCUCCAAAAAGUUAGCAUCUACCGGCCAGUCCAUACGGUGCCGAAACCCAAAUUAUCGUCAUUACGUAUUUCUUAUUUGAAGAUUGAAUAUUUCUAUCAAUGUAUAAGUCUGUACAAAAUCAGUACAUAUUUUGAUUCCUCAAAGAGCCCUGACAGCUUACUAAAGUAAAUAGCUCCUGUACCUAUAACCAGGGUACAAUUUUUGACAGAUGUAUUUUUCUCUCUUACACAACAUCCACAUCAGUUCUUAACUCUACCCAACCCACUAUCCAAUGGGUACAAGUGGCUCUUUCUCCAUCACUAAAUCAGCUGAAACCUGAAGCUGACUACUUGCUUUCGUCUAGACCUCCUUUUGCUUUCAUGGUGUGGUGCUUAGGCAUGGAGAAACUUUACUCACCAAACUUAUUAUAUUAUGGCAUAUGUGGGAAAAAGUUUAAAUUUUUUGAUGACUGGUUAAUACACUGUAGCCAACAUUAAUACUGGGAGUGCAUACCUCAAAGAGCGACUGCUGUUAUUGGUUAAUGAAUGUGUUAAUUUAACAGUAUUAAUUUCAUAUAUAUUUAGUUACAUGCUUCAAGUAUCAGGUGCAUGUAAUAAAAAUGUUUUUAAUUAAAUGAGCAGUUUUGAAGUAAAAUUAAAUGUUGAGAGCUGUGAUUUUAAAUACUGCUUCUAGUCUUUCUGGGAAGCAUUAUUUUAGGUGCAGAAUUUACCAGCUAUCUAUUUUCAAUCUUGGUGUACCUACCAUAUUUCCUUCAGUGCAUUUAAAAAAACACAAUCAUUUAAACAGUAUUAAAAGUGGACCAAGGGUUUUAUAGGAUAAUAGUUCUGUAAUACCCAUCGGAAGUAAAACUUUAUGUGUAUUUUAGAAUGUUGACAUUGUCAUUUAAUAGGCUAAUUUGCAUUGUUCAAUUUACAUACAGUCUAAAUAAACUAUAACUUAGGGUCUUGUAUUGUUAGGGGCCUCAAGAAAUAAAAUUUAUACUGUAUUUUUACUUUAAUUAUAUUAUUUUAAAAUUG